AUGAAGAACUUCGUUGGUUCACUUAUUUCCUGCCUUCUGGCCCAGAGGGGCCUUGCCAUAGCCGGAAGCAAUGAUCCGAGCAUGGCCCUGACACUUGUAAAUCAGGCUCGUCAAGGCAAAGGCCUCCAACCUCUUUCAUGGGACGCCAACCUGGAGGCUUAUGCUCAAUUUUGGGCAAAUCAAAUGGGAAGCGGGAUGCAGCCCUUUGAACAUUCCCCAGUGUCAUAUCGACCGAACCAGGGAGAAAACCUGUACGAGCAAUCAGCCGGACAGUGCGACGCGGAUUAUGACAGCCCUAUUGUAGCGGCAAUGCGUGCCUGGUUAUCGCAAGAGCGUUUAUAUACCGGCCAACCGAUAACUACUGGAAAAGAGCCGUGGCUUCAUUGGUCCCAGUGUAUGUGGUCUUCCACCACCCGGAUUGGCUGUGCUCGAGCUUACAGCAUCUCUGAGCCCUACAAGUUCUUCGAUGUUUGCCGAUUCGCUCCAGAAGGGAAUAUUGUCGGUCAGAAGCCGUUUUAG